AUGCAUCGCAGACGCACGCCGUCCUUCGCAAAGGCUGGGCUUGCUGGCUUGGUGAAGAAGGAUCGGGAGACGCUUCCACUUCCUCCCAUGUGCUCCGCCGUGGCCCGUCCGAAUGUUAAGCCGACGAGGCCGUCACCAAGGGAGUCCGAGGAGCAUGCCCGCAGCGGCGGGGGAAAGAUGAUGCAUCGUGGGCUCACUCUGCGGCAACAAUGGGGCCACGGCAAUAUGUCCACAGUAGCCGGCAGCGAUCCUGGCCCAGAAUUCUGCCAUCUCAAUCAUCUCGCAUCUGUUCCGCAUUCCGCACCUGUGUCCGCAUCCUUCGCUGCGGCGUUGACAAAGCGCAGAGCCGUGCCCGUCUUCGCCCAGGCGGCGACCCUCGCCGAACACAUUGCUUCCAAGAUGUUUGGUGGCUCUUGUCCGCGCGGGGAUCUGGAACAUGGCGCAGAAACUCUCUCAUCUCAUCCCGUUCCAGCCUAG